GAGUGUUUCCCCGACUGCAUUAACCGGUGGCCGCUGCCUCCGGCAUUGCGCCGAGGCUGGGCGCCAGCCGGGCAGGUUGCUGGGCUGGCCUUGAACGCCCCUUGCCCUUUGCCACAGCGCAGGGGGCAGUGGUGCCUGCAAUGCCCCUUCGGCCAAUGCCGGUGCAGCUGACCACAGCCUUGCGUGUGGUGGGCACCAGUCUGUUUGCCCUGGUGGUGCUGGGGGGCAUCCUGGCAGCUUAUGUGACAGGCUACCAGUUCAUCCACACCGAAAAGCACUACCUGUCCUUUGGCCUGUACGGUGCCAUCUUGGGGCUGCACCUGCUCAUCCAGAGCCUGUUUGCCUUCCUGGAGCACCGGCGCAUGCGCCUGGUGGGCCGACCCCUCAAGAUGCCCUGCCCAUCCAGGUGCUCAGUGGCCCUCUGCAUCGCUGCCUACCAGGAGGACCCAGACUACCUGCGCAAGUGCCUGCGCUCUGCCCAGCGCAUUGCCUUCCCAGACCUCAAGGUGGUCAUGGUGGUGGACGGCAAUCGCCAGGAGGAUGCCUACAUGCUGGACAUCUUCCAUGAGGUGCUAGGUGGCACUGAGCGAGCUGAUUUCUUUGUGUGGCGCAGUAACUUCCAUGAGGCUGGUGAGGGCGAGACGGAGGCCAGCUUGCAGGAGGGCAUGGACCGAGUGCGCAGUGUGGUACAAACCAGUACCUUUUCGUGCAUCAUGCAGAAGUGGGGAGGCAAACGAGAGGUCAUGUACACAGCUUUCAAGGCUCUUGGUGACUCAGUGGACUACAUCCAGGUGUGUGACUCUGACACUGUGUUGGAUCCAGCCUGCACCAUCGAGAUGCUUCGAGUUCUAGAGGAGGACCCCCAGGUGGGGGGAGUCGGAGGAGAUGUCCAAAUCCUCAACAAGUAUGAUUCGUGGAUCUCCUUCCUGAGCAGUGUUCGGUACUGGAUGGCCUUCAACGUGGAACGGGCCUGCCAGUCCUACUUUGGCUGUGUCCAGUGUAUUAGUGGGCCCUUGGGCAUGUACCGCAAUAGCCUCCUCCAGCAGUUCCUGGAGGACUGGUACCAUCAGAAGUUCCUAGGCAGCAAGUGCAGCUUUGGGGAUGAUCGGCACCUCACCAACCGAGUCCUGAGCCUUGGCUACAGGACUAAGUAUACAGCGCGCUCCAAGUGCCUCACAGAGACCCCCACCAAGUACCUCCGGUGGCUCAACCAGCAGACCCGCUGGAGCAAGUCUUAUUUCCGAGAGUGGCUCUACAACUCUCUGUGGUUUCAUAAGCACCACCUCUGGAUGACCUACGAAUCAGUGGUCACAGGUUUCUUCCCCUUCUUCCUCAUCGCCACAGUUAUACAACUCUUCUACCGUGGCCGCAUCUGGAACAUUCUUCUCUUCCUGCUGACGGUGCAGUUGGUGGGCAUUAUCAAGGCUACCUAUGCCUGCUUCCUUCGGGGCAAUGCAGAGAUGAUCUUCAUGUCUCUCUACUCCCUUCUCUAUAUGUCCAGCCUCCUGCCAGCCAAGAUUUUUGCCAUCGCUACCAUCAACAAGUCUGGCUGGGGCACAUCUGGCCGGAAAACCAUCGUGGUAAACUUCAUUGGCCUCAUUCCUGUGUCCAUCUGGGUGGCAGUCCUUCUGGGGGGACUGGCCUACACAGCUUAUUGCCAGGAUCUGUUCAGUGAGACAGAGCUAGCUUUCCUUGUCUCUGGGGCCACUCUGUAUGGCUUCUACUGGGUGGUUCUCCUCGUGUUGUAUCUGACUAUCAUUGCCCGACGUUGUGGCAAGAAACCAGAGCAGUACAGCUUAGCUUUUGCUGAGGUAUGACACAGCACCCAAGCAGAGUGGGAAGAGUGCAAUGGGUAAGGGAGGGAAAGGGAAUGGAAGAGAAGAGAAGGGGUGGGAGGGAAGAGGGAGUGCUGUUUUAGUUUCUUAAUGGUCCAAAGGACUAAUCUGAAGUGCAAAGAAUCUUGUGUGUAUAAUGUGGCUUGGGGCAGUUCUGCCUGGAGGAAGCAACACGGAUUCCAGCUCUGGGUAGCCAGGGUGGUAGAGACUUAUGUGUUUUCAGGCUGCUUCUACACACACAGUGGCCUCUAGGAACGUCUGUUCUUCCCCAGGCUCCAAAGGGAACUCAGAACCAAGCCUAAGUUCCACUUUGUGGCAACUUGUGGUGGGCAAGUGAACACCUAUGGGAAGGGGUUCCUUUUAGCCCAUCUGAACACAGCCAGAGGUAAUGGGAGAAUGAGAUUUGGGCCAGCUAGUAGUAUGCCCCCCCAACCCCCAUGUAGUUAUCAAUGCAAUAAGAUUGUGCCUGAGAUACGAUGCCCAGAAACCUGGUCUUUGGGCACCUGAAAACAGGGUCCAAGAAUGGUGCUUUAUUAUGUGAUGUACCAUCCUUUUGCUUCAGUGAAUUCAGGGAAUUCUUACAGCCAAGUUGUUGCAUUUGCUUGCUUCCUUCCAGCACCAAGCUAAAUAAUGGAAUUGGUUCUUGAGUGCUAAGAUAUACUUGCUUUCUCAGGCCUCUUGAGGCAGUUUGAUGUUACCCCUGCCCCCAUUACCCUGC